AUGACAACUUUCCCCAACACCUCACAAGUCUCUCCAAACUCUGAACCAUCCACCAACAUCACACCACAUACUAAACCUGUCCGCCCUCCUCAGGCUCCCCAACCAUCCGUCACGCAACUCAUCGAAACCCUCAACUCCCACCGCGUCAACACCCUCACCGAACUCUGCCGCAUCGAACGCAUAGCCGCAACAUGCAGCAACCCCAACGACGCAAAGGCCUUCCAAAAGCCCAUGACCACCGCAUGGAUCCACUACGUGACCUCGCAGCAGCUCGUCACCGAGCUCCGCGGCCUCACGCCAAACUACCCCAUCACGGGAGACCUGGUCCGCGACGCGUACAGCCGCGUGCGCGAAGACCCCAACAGCAACCGCUCCUGGAACCUGGCCUGGCUGUGCUUGACGAAGAUGAAGGACGACGGGCUGGUGGCUGCGUACGCGGCUCUCGAGGCCAUGAAGCCCGAGAUGUGGGGGAACAAGAUACCCUCUGCCGAGGAUGUUGCGCAGCUGGCUAAUUGCUUUGAGGGUGAGUGGAUGGCGGCGGUGGACAUGAUGUUGCGACACUGGGCGAGGGAGCCUACCUGGUGUUGA